AUGCCGGAAUCAGAGCAUAACAACUUACACUCGCUGAAGACUAAUGCUGGGACUGCCGUCAUGGCCGUGAGCGGUGUCUAUGCCGCCAACGAGCUGGGUAAGGCAGUCACCGAGGACUAUCCCAAGGACGCCAACGAACACUAUGUCAAGGCUGCAGUCGGCGCAGCUGUCGCCGUUGGAGCUUUCCACCUGCUAAAGAAGCAGAAACCAAAACGCCCACGCGAAGAAGGCGAACUUGAAGAAUACACCGACACUAGCGACGAGGAAGAAUAUCAUCGGCAUGAACCUCGGCGUCGGUACUCACAUCACGAACACGAACACCACCACGAAGCCCCAGGCCACAACAGACGUCUCUUGGAAGAGGCCGUGGGAGCCUACAGUUUGGGCAAAGAGCUCUUGGGCGAUAGGCGGCAUCAUGUCAUCCACCUCAUCACUGAGGCUCUGGGAGCGGUUGCUGCCGUCAAGGACAUCAAUGACAGGUCUAAACAGGAAGCUCGGGAAAACAGAGAAGCUCUUCGGGAAGAUUGA